UUAAUCUUCUGUGGAUAUGGACACAUAUUAGCCAACGUGUUUGUAUGAUUGGAACAGAGUUAUAGAUGUAAUUACAACUUUUCUUAAAUUUGAAGUAAAAAUAAUGAAUUGAACCUCCUCUAAGCUAAUAAUCUGUCAGCAUGUAAGGCACAAUUUGAUUAUUACCAUCAAGUAGUAAACGAAGAGUACGCUUGAAAACUGAGACGUCAGAUUUAAACUCCAGUGCCUCUUAUCGCAACAAGUAACUAGGAUGUAUGAUGUCCUGAAAUUGAAUUUCUUUUUGAGUUUGUCUAGAAUGAUUUAUAAAAGACCCUUAAAAAAUAAAGGUGACUUCUCCUAUAAACUAAUUAUGAUUACACAACCCAUUCUCUGCUGAACGAUCCUAAUACAACCAGUGAUAUCAGUUUUUGAUGAAAGACUAAUGAGUUGGAGUCUUACAAUAAACAUACGUAUGUAAAUCAUGUUCAGGACAUUUUGACCUAAUACUAUCAAUAUACGAUACACAAGCUGAGCAAACGAUCAGUGUCAAUCAAAUGUCCUUUGCCACUAUUCUCCUGAGGUAGUUAGGUCAAAUGAUUAACAAUAUAUUUCGAAUACCCUAUACUUUUGUUUCAUGUGACUUUGAAUAACACAAGUGUUCGAUUUGUAAAAAUACGACUACCUUGUUCUUCUCCAUGAGUGAAUGAACAAGAUCAAUGAAUAUAGCAGAUGUUUAUACAUUCCAGACAUUUAUUGAGAUCCCUCAUCUAUUCUAUGAAUUCAUUCUCACCAUCUCAAAUGUACAACUAGUGUUUUCUGCCACUACUUACACUAUUACCGCCUCUACAACUCUGAUGUUCGUAAUGAUAUUUUAUCUGACCAUUCUUGUGUGGCAUGUAGAAUUAAACAGACUCACACACAUGUGUCAGGUCCUAUAUUUCACAAGAUUAACUGACUGAGGAUAUUCAGGCCGUAUAAGCUUUUGUCACCAAUGUUCAAAUGCUUCGUAAACAUUCUUAAAAACCGUCAACAUCGAAUUACUGUUGUAUGUUUGUAUCAGCCUUUUCUUACCGAUUCAAGUUGGGACUGUGUACACAUUGAGCGCUUAUGUUCACCCAUUAGAAAAUCUACGUAGGUUUUUCACUCCAGCAAUUAUACUUAUACGGUUACAUAAGACUUAGAAAUGAUCAUUACUGUCACAGCGUUAUUCCAAUUAUCUCGUUAUUACAGGUCAGAAAUUCGAUAAUGUCUUCCCGCCGAAAAUUCGCCGUUGGCUCGGAUUGGCGCUAGCAAUUUUCGAUGUUUUUCUUUUUGGUGGUUAUCACUACGGCUUCAAUUCCCUCAUCACAGUCUACAAAUCAGUUGGCGUCUACGCUUACAACUGUACGGAAACUGGCUGCUCUUAUCAUUAUGAUAUGUUCGGAGUUGUUUUCAUGGUUUGGAUGGUGUCACAAAUGUGUCUUAUUGUAUUUGCUGGGAUACUGAUGGAUAAGGUGGGGCUGAGAAUAUUAAAACUGCUGGCAGCUGUAGUAUACUUUACUGGUACCGUAAUGUUUGCAUUUACAACUGGUGAAACAGUGCCACUAUUCUAUGCUGCCGGUAUACUUGUCGCUUUAAGUAGUAUAUGCAGCUUGAUAUGCAAUCAUCAAGUCAGUUCCAUGUUCCCACAGUUUCGUGGUCUUUGUAUAUCGCUUUUGUCUGGAGCGUACGACUCAAGUUCGGUUGUAGCUUAUGUGUUGUCGUUGACCUAUCUUGUAUUCCCAUUCAAAUGGUCGUUUAUUAUUUUGGCUUGCGGCUCAAUAGUUGUUGGCAGUUUUGUGGCACUCUUUAUCCUUACUCAGAAAUCUGAAGAUAUGGGGAAAUUCUCCUCCAUCAACACAGAAGAAGAAAAGUUAUGUGAGAAAACGUCAAUUGAAAGUUCGGGAGAAAUGGAUAUCUAUGGAGAAAUAUCUUCAAUUUUGGAUAAACGUUACCCAUCUUUAUUAAGUUGUGUUUUUUCUUUAUCAUACCUACUGAUUAAUCUUUGGUUUACUUUGGGUUUGUUUCGUUUCUCAUUUUACCUAUCGCACUUAGCAAAACACAUAAAUGAUGCGUAUCCUGACAAGUCAACUGCAGAUCAUUUGUUAAGUAUUUCCUCAGCAUUCUUCAUGUCGAGUUUCUUACUGUCACCAGUUACUGGUCUUAUGAUUGACUUCUGUCUCAAAAGAGCUCGAACGAGCAUUAAGAACAUGCUCACCAACGAACGUGAUUUAGCGAAUCCCGAUAAAAUGUAUUAUACUCUAACACUUGGCCUAGUCCCAGGACAAGGUCUUUUGGCUUUCUCUGCUGUUGCUCUGAGUGCAAUGAUGUUUAUACCUAGUCCUAUAGCUUCUUAUGCAUCGUUUGUAUUCUUGGUUAUAUUAAGGUCACUCUUAUUCAGUUGCUUCAUUAGCUUUCUUCUGUCUGCAUUCCCAAUACGUUAUUUUGGUACAUUGAAUGGCAUUACUAGUGCGGUAUCAGGUUUAAUAUGUCUCUCGACGAAUGCCUUUCUUCGUACUAGCAGAUCUACAGAUAAUUAUGUAACCAUGGCGAUAUCGAUCGGGAUAUUUGUUGUACCUAUUAUUUUUCUAAUCAAAUCAAGACAAUAAAUCAGUCAGUGUUGUGAUCUUAUGAAAAUCUUGUUUUUAUUUUUAUAUUGAGACCCGAAAUUAGAUAUGAAUGCUUCAAUAUUUAAAUUUUGCAACAACUUAUAUGGUGUAAACUUUCG